AUGGUGGACCGCCUAGAGGACUUCGUUUCCCUUUCAAGGGAGCCAUCAGCUUCUUUGCUGCCGAUCCCUUCGCCUCUAUUUGAGGCGCUGAGGUAUUCUCUUACCCCACAGCAGCAGCAGCAGCAGCAGCAGCAGCAGCGGAAGGCAGCAAGCCUGAGUUUUAGGUUUCUUGCUGGGGCCUAUCGCUGUCAAGCGGAGCUAUGCAAGCUGGAGCAGCAGCUGCAGCAUAGCAGCAGCAGCAGCGGCGCUGCUGCUGCUGCUGCUGCAGGAGAAGGAGGGGAGGAAGGCGUUGUUGGCUGCUCAACUGAUCCUGUUGCUGCUGAUAUCUCCGUGCUGCUGCAGCGCAUGCGGCUGCUGCAGCAGCAAGCGCAGCAGCUCGAGGCCUGUGCUGAAGACUUCGACGACCUCUUGGCGUUGUACCGUCUGCAACAGCAGCAGCAGCAGCAGCAGCAGCAGCGGGGGAUGGAGUUAAGGGAUGCAAAGGCCCACCGCCACGCUGUGCUGAGGUGUCUGUACACCUCAAUGCAGGAGACAACAGCAGACAUGCAGCGACGAGAGGUCCUUGUCCUGAAGCAGCAAAUGGAGUGCAGCAGGUUCUUCUCUGCUGCUGCUGCCAGCAGCGGUGCUUCGACAGGCCUCGCUUUCUCCGGCACUGCUGCAGCAGCAGAAGCAGCAGCUGCAGCAGAAGCAGCGAUGCGCCGCCAGCAGCAGCAGCAUCAGCAGCAGCUGCAGCAGCGGUUAAAGAAGGCUUCUUUGGGGCAUGGUGUUUCCUCCACAGCAGCAGCUCUCGAACUGGAACAGCAGCAACAGCAGCAGCAACAGCAGCAGCAGCAGCAGCAGCAGGACAAGGAUUUGCUGCUGCUGCAGGAGGAGGAGCAGCAGCUGGUUGCUACUUUUGCUGCAGAUAGUAUGGAUGCUGUGGUGUCUGUACAGCAGAGGUUAGGGGAGAUUGUGCAGCUAAUGAAUAUGUUUGCUGCUACUGUUGCUGCUCAAGCAGAGGAGUGCAUGCAGAUUGCUUCUUUAUCUGAAGCAGCAGUAGCAAAUGUUGCUGGAGCUCAAGACGCACUUAAAGAGGCCCUUAAACAUAAGAAGGGCUUUAAAAAAUAUAUUGUGCAUGCGUUGGUCUUCUUGGGGCUUUUUCUUCUUCUUAUCGACUUCCUUAAGUCCUCCAAACCCUACCUCAUCUAA